GUACACUACAGCUUUACCGGCUUUCCCGGUUUCUUUAUCCUUCACACAACAGAUAAAACAAAUCUUCACUACUAUAUAAAUAAAUCAAAUUCUCUCUCUUCGACCCAGUUUUCUCAGUCAUUCUCGCCGGAGCUCCGACGUGAUCUUCACCGAUUCUUUUCAAUUUCGGAAAGAUGGCAAGUAAUGAGGAAGGGGAGGAGACUGCUCCUCGUGGAAAUGAGUGGGAGGUUGUGCAACUCACACAAUCAGCAUAUGCUGCUGCCCCUGGUCCGAAGCAAGUUGACCUGAAUGAUGAUAGUAAUUCUAGUGCACAGUAUGUAGCUGAAACUUCCCAGGCAAUGUUUAUGUCUGGACACUUUGUCUUUCCACCAAGCCAGCAUGAGAAUUUGCCGUUGGAACCUGAUGUUAUUGAGAUCCAUAAUGAACAGGGAGGUGAAGAUGCUGGUCCAGAUCUUGUUGCUGAUGAAGGAGGUAAAUCAGAUAGUUAUGGAGGAAAUACAGAAACUAAAGGUUCGAGCACACCAGAGUUUCCAGGUAUUCAAUUUUUUGAUCAGAAGGGUAACCAGUUGUCUAUUAGUGGUGCAGAAUUUGAAUAUGAUGCAGCUGUGCAAGGCUUAAGUUCGGUAGACAAAGAGCAGAGUUUCUUUGGCACUGCUAACUAUAGUUCAUACCAGAGUGAAGAUCCCAUGGGUCUCUCAGCAACAACAGAAGAAACCAACGUGCUUGCAGAAUCAGUUGAACCAUUUCACCAGGGUGUAGAUAAGGCUAAAGAUGAAGAUGAUUAUGAUACAACUAACCUUCCUUGUCAAGCAUGGUGGAAAAGACGGGCUGCUUCCCUAAUUGCCCAUGCGAAAGAUGCAAACACAUUCUGGUCUAUCUUCAUUGCUGCUGCUGUUAUGGGCCUUGUGAUUAUUGGUCAGACGUGGCAGCAAGAAAGGUGGCAAGUAUUGCAAAUGAAGUGGCACGCUGGAGUCCAUGGAGAGAGGAUUAGCAGGAUGUUUGGUCCACUGUCUCGAUUGAAGGAUGUGAUUGUUGGGGGUGAUCGCCGUGGUACCUUUAUCAGAGGGAGUGCACCAGCUCAACUUUAAGAUGAUGAUGAUGACGAAAAUGAGUGAGGCCUAAUGCGAAUAUCUCAUGUUUUUAUGACGGGGUUGUAUAAGCACACACCAGGGAGUCUGGAUUGUCGGGUUAAAUUCAGGAGGUCGCAGCAGCCCUAUUUGAUGUUGUUUCUCACACUUCACUUUGCAAUUGUGAAAAUAGCGCCCGGAACUUUAUAUUCUAUACAAUUGUUCUCAAAAGGUUUAAGUUGUCUGCUGUCUGGUUUUUCUCUUUUGGAAUUUCAAGAAAAAUGUACUGUAUUAUUUUCAUAAAUCUAAUUUUGAGCAGGUCUAGAAUUGCACGUAGUCUUGUACAUAUGUGGUGUCAGAUGGAUUGCUGAAUUUUACGUAUAUAGUGUUUUGGAGUA